GCUAAAUUUUAAAGAUGGCGGGCACAGGUGUAUUGGUUCGCCUGCUGGAAAGACAGAGAGGCAGGUUGGCUAAGAAUCCAGAUAUAAAUAGAGUCAUACCUUUACUGAUAAAAAAAAGAUUCUUUUCGAUUAUGGAAGAAAAACAGAUUGCGAAUGCAACUAAUAAUUCUGGGAGGACAGAUAUUCUGAUUGACAAACUUUCGAGAGACCCUGAAGCUGUUCUAGGAUUUUGCAAAGCACUUGAGGAAUGCGCUCCGCACCUGUUAACCGAACUUCUUUUAGAUCAUGGAGGAAAUUUUUCUGACAGCAGUUAUAACAAUGACACUCACACUCUUCAGGUUGGCUAUGAAUUGGCCAUGAAAGAAAGAGAUGCUGCCAUACGAGAGAAUUCACGUAUUGCUGAUGACCUUAAUGAUGCAAGGCGAAAGGUAGAUGCCCUUCAGGCAGAGAGAAACAGAUUAGUCAACAACUUGGAAAAUCUUUCUUCUCGGCUGGACAAGCCUACCAAUCCAAAACGAUUCGAUGGAGCUGGAGGCAAAGUGAGCAAUUCAAGUCUACAGCAUAUUUUGGCAGAUUCUGAUGAUGGUGCAGUUAUUGAGGAGGCUGGUGACAAUAUUGUUUGGCAACUUCAUCAUGUAUCAUUGCAAAGGGUGGUUAACUAUGGGUUUGGAAUAGCAGUCAGUGGAGGCCGUGACACGCCUCAUUUUGCAAGUGGUGACCCGUCCAUUGCUAUCUCUGAUGUCCUGAAGGGAGGCCCAGCUGAGGGCAAACUACAGUUAAAUGAUCGUAUUGUGAGUGCCAAUGGAGUAUCAUUAGAGAAUGUCAGCCAUGCCACUGCAAUACAGGUGCUAAAAAAUUGUGGUGACAUUGUCCAUUUGGUGGUGAGGCGGCGAGUGGUGAUGCCUGCAACAGGGGAAAGGGAAGUCCCACUUAGAAUCACCAUCACCAAAAGGAACAAAAAAGACGAAUUUGGCUUGGUGUUAGGUUGUCACUUUUUCAUCCAAGAAAUUUUGCCUGACUCCUUAGCUUCCCAAGAUGGGGGGCUUAGAAGAGGAGACAUAGUUCUUAAGAUUAAUAACACACCACUGGAGGGUUUAUCCUUAGCAGAUGUGAAAAAGCUGCUUGAUAGGUCAAGAGACAAGCUGCAGAUCAUUGUGUCAAAGCCUUCACCUGAAGAACGCUUGCAUUUGCAGCCCCCUUCGAUGCCUUCUCGGGUUGAUGAAGGUUAUGCAACAUUUCGUCAGCCAUCAGAUCGAGAAGAUGUUAACAUCUAUAGACCCAGUGUACGGUCUGAAGAUGAUUUUUACCCAGAUGGCCUUCACAGUCCAAAUCGAGAACAAGUACCAGGUGACCUCUACAACCUACCUCAGGAUGGGUACUUGAGUGAUCAUGAAGCUGGUUUUAGACGACAUCCUGAGGAGGAAGAUGUGUUUGCAAGGCCUCCACUUGAUGAGAGAUACAUUGGCGUGCGUUCUGACAUAAGAAUGGAAAUCCGACGUGUGGCAUUCCAGAAAGACAAGCUGAAAGGGUUAGGGCUUCGACUUGCUGGGGGAAAUGCAACUGGUAUUUUUAUUGCCUCUGUCCAACCAGGCAGUGCAGCUGAAGCAGAAGGGCUUGCAGAGGGAGACCAGAUUUUGCAGGCCAAUGGCUUGGACAUUGUUGGUCUCACAAGAGAGGAGGCUGUGGCUCAUCUUACAAGUUUAGAGGGACAAGUUACCCUCAUUGUGCAAUAUAAGAAAGAAGACUACGACAGCAUAAUGGCAAGUCAUGAAGCUGGUGAUUCAUUCUAUGUCAGGACCCAUUUCAAUUAUUCAGAGCGAGAAAUUGGUGGAGAGCACAACUUUAAAGUGGGUGACAUUUUCCACAUUAAAGAUACCCUGUUUCGAGGUGUUGGAGGGUCUUGGCUAGCCAUCCGUGUUGGCCCUAACGGAGAAGAACUUAAGAAGGGUACCAUUCCCAACAAGAAAAAAGCGGAAGCCAUUGCAGCUGCUCAACAGGCAGAAAAUGAGGAGAAAGAUGCCUUCCAAAACAAAGGUCGUGGUGGUCUUUUCAAAAGAAAAUCUACUCGGCGUGCAAAGUCUUUAGGCAAAGACCACUGGGAGGAUGUCAUCUUUACUGGGGAAGAUGAAGAAGCUGGUUUGACAACUAAAUUUCCACCAUAUGAAAGAGUAGUUCUUAGAGAUCCUGCAUUCGUGCGACCAGUAGUACUGUUUGGUGCCAUAGCUGAUGUGGCACGUGACAGAUUGCUGACAGACUUUCCGGACAGAUUUGAAUCUCCACAAAUGGAGAGAGGGACUGACCCUGACCCCAGGAAAGCAAAAUCUGGUAUUAUUCGUUUUGGUGCCAUCCGCGAUGCUAUGAAUAAGCAAAAACACUGUGUACUAGACGUAACACCAUACCAUGUGGAUCGAUUAAAUUAUGCUCAGUACUACCCUAUUGUUGUCUUUCUGCGUGGGGAAAGUAAACAGUCCAUCAAAGAAGUCCGCUCUCGAUGGCGGGGAAACAGUGCAGCUAACAAAAAUCCUAAAAAACUACAAGAAAUGAAUGAGAAGAUGGAGAGCUUAUAUCCGCAUCUGUUCACAGGAACGAUUACCCACACAACAACCGAUGCCUGGUUCCCUAGGCUGAUGGAAAUGAUCGAAUCACAGCAGCGUAGACCCAUCUGGAUGUCAGAGAAGAAGCCUGAAGAGGACAUGAAUGAUGACUUCAUGUUUCCUAUGCCAAAUCGAAUGAGCUUGGCAGGAGCUCCUGAUGCCGAGCAGGACCUGGCUUUCCCCUCAGACACUUUUGAUGCUUCACCCAUGCAAAAGAAGCGUCUUGUGAGGUCAUCCUCUGACCCAAGCAUCAACACCACUGAAAGGGUGCCAGGGAUACCACCAUAUCCAGCUCCUCCAGGCUACCACAAUGCUAAAGCAGUUCCCUACAGAAGUCGUGAUGACUCUGGAUGGGAUGACUACCAUUUACCAAAGCAUGUUCAGGAGAGAUCAGGGGACUGGCAGAUGCACCCUGAUGAUCGUUACUACCCUCACCAUCACCAUGAUGCAUCUUGGUCACCACAGCAGCAUUCUCCACAACAGCUGCAGCCUUCACACAACACUCGCUCAGACAUUGAUGUUUAUGCAACUGUCACUCCAAGAGAGCGGCGAAAUAGAACCCAAGAAGGUAAUCAUAAAGGGGCCUAUGACCAGUAUGAUCCUCAUCAUGAAAGGAUAGUUGCUGAUGACCAGUAUGGGCCUACACAUGACAGAAUAGCUGCGGAUGACCAGUAUGGGCCUCUUCGUGAUAGAACAGCAUCGGAUGACCAGUAUGGUCUUCGGCAUGAACGAGUAUCAGCUGAUGAUCUUUAUAGGAUGCAAGUGAGCCGCCCCACAGUUUCUUCUGCAGAUGGUCACUUAGCGCCAGCACCUGGCAGCAGUGAACACAAGGGUUACAAUGAUGCAUCGUCACAUGACAGCGAUUCCUACAGUCGCUACGUCAGCAGCCCAGCCAACAAGCACGAUGACUCGAAACUUCGUGACAAGUUUGGAUCACUGCAGGUUGGAGGCCGAGACCGCAACCCUGCUGCCCACGACCCUUACAGAUUCACACGCAGCACAGCCAAUCCUGUGUCUCGUGUUCAGAUUGACCGAGCCAAGCUUAAUGACUUGACUGCCAGAUACAGACGGGAGGAGAAGCAGCAGGCUCGAUCCAACAAAGGAGGAGGGCCAGGUUCACCACCAGCCCAGGGGAUCCAGAAAAAUGAAAGACAAGAAGGGCAUGCGUUAGUGAAGAAGAAGGAGCCACCACCAAUCCCAGCCAAAACCUAUGCUCAUAAGGAUCGUGGUGCCGACAUUGAAGAAGUGAAAGCUAGAAAUUACGAAAAUUCAAAUAGAUCGUACAACUACAGUGAGAUCACCUUCCAUAGGCAGCAUUCAGCUGGAGAGCUUCGCUAUCAGCAAGAACACAUUCCUCCACAGUUGCAGCACAACACCUCUGAGUCACCAUAUGAGUACAUCUCUGCUCGCAGCCAGCCUGUUUCUUCAGGGCGUGAUUUUCGUCAUCAAGGUGCUGUGAGAGGAGACAUUCCUCCUCCUUUGCCUUCCUCACUUUCUCCUGAAGAUUAUCCAGGUGACUUUGGGGUGGGGGGUUACGAUGGGUCUUCAUCUUCAAGAGCCUUUUCAAAUAAUGUUUACAUGGAUCAUCGCGAGAUUGAUCGGGUUCGUGGUGGAAGCAGUGACACUGAAAGAGAAGCACCCAGGCUUAACCAGUCAGGCUACACGAGACCCAGAACAGAUGAUGAACAGCUGCGAGAACUUCAACGAAGUCGGCAGAGAUUGCCAUCUGACUCGCAUAUGCCAAACAGGGCUAAAUCAGAGACACGAAUGGAUGUACAAAAUAGUCAACGAUGGAACAAGUACAAGAGCUGGGAUAAUGAAAAGGAAGCACAAAAGACUUUUGAUACAUACAAACGGCUCAUCACGCCAGGGUUUUAUGGGUCACGAAAACAAAUGUCAAAAUCUCAUGAUGAACUGAGAGAUGAGACCUCUGAACAUAUAGGCCCAGAAUCAGCACAAAGAUGGCCAAGUGCUUUUGAAACCUACAAGAGGACAUUAAGUGGUUCAAACUCCCAGUUGAUAGAAGACAAAGAAACUGGUGGACAGGGUCUGGAGACAGGCUUCCCAAGCCAAGAAGGAGACAGUCAGACAAUCAUUGCCACAGCUAGAGGAGUCUUUACCAGUGCUGGUGGCAUCCUGGAGUCUAGAGAAACAGGAGUGAGCAUUGUGAUUCCUCCAGGAGCUUUACCAGAAGGUUCCCAGCAAGAGAUUUACUUCAAAGUCUGUUCUGGCAAUAGCAUACUUCCACCACUAGACAAGGAUAAAGGAGAAACGCUGCUGAGCCCCCUGGUAAUGUGUGGACCCCAUGGGCUGCAGUUCCAGAAGCCAGUGGAGCUGAAACUUCCGCACUCUGCAUCUGUCAACCCAAAGAAUUGGUCAUUUGCCCUCAAGUCAAGUGAUUCCCCAUCAGGUCAACAAAGCUUUAACUUCACCAAUAAAGGUCAGCCUACCCAGUGGCAGAACAUGGCAUUAGCAGGGUCAGAGGGUGUGACUCAAGGCCGUGUCAGUCAGACUAGUGUGUCUGUCCUUGUUGACCAUUUUUGAGAAAUGUGACUUUUCAUGACAGUUAAAGCUUGCAGUGCCAGAAACUGGUUUAAAAAACUUUGGCUGUAUAGAGUGUUUCAAGUGUUUCUAAAAAAUGUUUUAACAAAUUUGUAAUUGGCAACAGUGGGGUUUACAUACACAUGCUUAACCCCUUACCUCUUGUGGUCUUUCUGCAUGGUUAUUGUGUGGAAAAAGGUUUUUAAAAAGAAAGAGAAGGAACAUUCUUUAACCUGAAACUACACCAUAAAGUGAACACAUACAUUGAAAAAGGGGGAAACUGAAGCUGGCACAGAAGGGCCAGAUGUCUGCUUUUUGUUCUUUACGUCGGGGCUUUGUCAGCACAUUUUGCAGUCGUCAUCCAAUUUGGCCUAAUUUCUUCAUCUGCAGAAAAACUUAUUUUUCUGGUCUUUUUGCAUCCUAUGAUAAAAACACAAAUGAAGAGGAAUGAAUGAUAUUAACUCAUUUUGUUACGAAAGUUCUUAACUAAAAAUAUUACUUGGUAUUUUCUAUUAAAAAAAAACUCAUCACAUAGCAUUUUGCAUUUCAUGCUUAACAUUCUGUUGAUUUGCUGCGGCUCUGUUCAGGAUGCCUUACUCUGUAUUUAUUGUAGGUGUUUUGGAUUUGACAUAAAAAUAUAUCCAAAAAAAAUUUUAAGGUAGCAGUGGGCAUCUAAUUUGUAGUAUGCUUUAUGCAUGUGUGAGAGUGAGGUAGGUGUAUGUGUUAGAGUGAGGUGGGGGCUGUGUGUGUGAGAAAGAGUGAGGGGACAGAGAGACUUUCGUUCCUUGAUGAUAUUACAUGAUGUCCUAUCAUAAACAAAAAAAUUUAUUGAUUCAUUACCAAACAUUUUUAUAAGUUUUCUAACAGAAUGAUAUAUUCCUGGAGUCAUUCCACUGCUGAUGACAUCAAAAAUAAAUUCAGUGUUGUUUAUGUGCUUGUCUCUGUUAAAAGAUGCAUUUGCCUUUGAUCUAUAAAAUUCCUUAAACAUCAGUAAGACAAUGGGAUGUUGUACUGGUGACUUACAGACUAACAGAACCCUUUGAAAUAAGAUACAUGAUAGAACGCAUUGUCAACUUAUUUCAUGAGAGAAUGUGUGUUGACUUAUCAUUAUCACCUUGUGACUUAAGUAAACUCUAACAUCUAGACAUCUAGAUGAUACUAAUAACACUUUCCUCUUUCCUAAUGACCUUUAACUAUCUUUGCCAAAAUCAAAAACUGUAUUGUUAUAUCUUUGCAAAUAUUUGACCAAAGACAUUUGCAGAUAUGUGAUCAUGGAUGUGCACUGAACUGCAGAGAGAAAGAAAUUGAAAUAAUAUCUAAGUGAUGUCCACUUUUAAUUUUUUAUUUAUAGUUUUCCAUGUGUUCUUUGGACACCUUCAAGAAAUUCUAAGAAAGGAAUCAAACAACUAUGCAAGCUAUAGAAAAGUCUUGAUUUAUUUUCUUCCCUUUUAAGACAGUCGUGUAUAUUUGUUAUGUUGUUUUAUAAAGGAAGCACGAACAAAUCAAUAUUUCAUCAUAUUGCCUGUAUGUAUAUGUUUUCAACCAAGAUGAAUGCAUAAUGUUUUAAUCGGAGCUUUCUCUGUAUGUAAAUGAUUUAUAUUUUUUGUAUGGUUGCACUUAACUGAAUUCAUAUAAUACCAAUAGUAGCCUUUAUGUGACUCCUUUAUCUGGGAUUGAGCACUGAUUUAUUGUUGAUUAAAUACAUAUUUAAUCAACAUGUAGUAAUAUGUAAAAAUAUAGUGUUUAUUUUCUUGCUUUAAAUGAACCAAAAAUGUCACAAUGAAAGAAAAUUACAAACUGGUAUGUAAUAUUUUUUCUUGCUAGAACACUGCUUUAAGUAUGUGUGUAUAGCUUCCAUUUUUCACCACCUGCUAUACCCAAAGCUGCUUCAGCAUAUUGACUCUAAAGUUUUUCUAGUAUAUUAGGUCUGUUCUCCACAUUGAUUUUUCUUAUUGCUUUUACUCUUUUUAGUUUUACGUGCUUUAUAUGGAUUUUACAUGGUGUUGAAAUAUGCAUGCCAUCAUUAACCUGGCAGCAAUGUACUCUACCAUCCAGUGACUAGUGAAUGAAUCUCAUCAUGAGCCAGGUAUAUGAGACUGAUAACUUGGGGCAGCUGUAAGUCUAUGAGCCUCAUAAUUAGAGGCCAUUGCAUUUAGUGCAGAAUUCUUUCAUUGUAGUUGUAGUAGUAUAUAUUCAUAGAGAUUAUUUUUGUAUGAACUUGAGAUUGCUUCACAAGUUUAACUACAAAGGAAAAAUAACAAGCCAUCAGUAAGUCUCUAGUAGACUUGUGUCAUUUCUGAUAAUAAAAUUAAGUAUCUGUGCAGGGACAAGGAUGGAGAAUUAUUCAAGAUUCUUUAAUUACAAAUGGCAGGCAAUUUUCAUUUGCCAUUAUUUAAUUUUCAUUGUUCAUAAUUCUCAAAAUAUUUUUAAAUACGUUUUCAGUGAGAAAUUGAAUGAAACUUUUUAAAAUGUUGAGCAUUGGCUCAGUUUUACAUGGUGUAUGUGGUUCUAGGAAGAAAUGCACAUUGGUUUAACCAUUAGAUUAGAUGCAGGCAUGAUGAGAAUAUGGUUUGCGUUGACACUAACACCUCAAUGAUCAUUCCUAACAUACAUCUUAAAAACUGAAAAUUGUCUGCCUUCAAGGAGUUGUGAUUAUAAAAAUAUUGUUCUUGAUGCAGAGUUGGGGCUACCUGUAUAUUAUUAAAUGGAGUCCUUUGAAUAUAAGAAGUUAUAGCAUUCCACUGCUUUUUCUUUGAAGCAUAUUUGUCCUAAUAACAUGUCAUUAUCAUGUAUAUUUCAUUUUCUUUUAAACAAAAGUCUUCUACUUAUUUUCCAUUUGCUGUUCACAUCAUUGAAAAAGAAUCUAAAACUUAAGAAUUUACUGCAUGUAUAAAACAUGUUUAGAGGUGGAGAUUUUGUUUUUUUGUUUCCCUCCAACUUUCCUCAACUGUAUCUGUCCCCUACAGAACUAGUUACAGUGAUAUAAAUUUAAAAAUACAGACUAUCAAAAUGUCAUUGUCAGAAACCUGACUAAUUUGCACAAGUCACAAGCUGUAUUAUCUAAUGUUAAUCUUUUAGCAUUCAGUGAUAAAAACUGUAAGCAAAUAUGAUUGAAAGUCUUACUAUUUUUUACAAAAUGUUUUGCGUGUUGAAAUAUUUAUUUCCUAAUGACUGCUUAAUCUAAAUACAACACAGUUUCUAGAUUUGCUAGAUUUUGGCUUGUCUUUUUUGUUCAACAGUGAAAAAUUUCUGAUUCAAUCCUCAACACACGCAGGUGACUUUAAGUGGUUGUGAUGAGUGAUAUAUUGCAAUUUUUCUGUGUGCCUUAAUUUUGUUGUGGCAGGAUGUGGAUGUCGAUAAAGGUGAGCAGAUCUUUUGUAUAAAGUGGGAGAAUGUUUCUAUUGUCUUCUUUUUAUUUUCAAUCAUUUCUUAGAAGCACCAGAAAUAUUUCUAGCUCAAAUACACAGAAUGGAAAAAACAUUGAAAACAUAAAAUGCCAAAGAAAAGCUAGUUUUGCUAGAGGUUGUUUACAUAGUUAUUUCUCUAAGGCUUGGGAGAGAGUGCUUACUUGCUUUAUAUGCAAUCCUUUAUAACGAGACCUCAACUUGUGUAACUCCAUGUCAAUAGUUCUCAGAAAAAUAGUUGAAAGAUGGUGGCUACAUGUUAUGUUAAGUUUUAUGCCAAGAUUUUAAAAAUAAUUGUGAUUGAUCAUUCCUAAUGAUAUCUAUUCUGAGUAGUUUUGUUGAAUGGACUUUGAAAUUAGUACAAGAUUGUAAUGCAGCGGUGGCCAAAGUAUGGUCUGUGGAUAUCUUUGGACUGGCCCGUCAGCCCAAAUGCGAAGUGAACUUGUUUUAAUAACUUUAUUUAUUUAGGUUAAAUGGGAUAAAAAUUUGUCAAAUAUGACCUAGUGUGAGAAAUCAGCUUCACUUUUCACAUUAAAUUCUGUAAGUGAACAUCAUUAUGUAUGCAGUUCCAUCCCAUUUUCACUAGGUUUGUUGUGUAGUCACAAAGGUUUUGGGUAUGCAACUGGCCCAUUGCAUAGCUUAGAAUUUUGAGACUGGCCCAUGAAGAGAAAAUUUGGCCCACCCCUGCUGUAAUGCAGCAUUGUUUUUAGUUAUUAGCAAAUGCUAAUUUACCAAAUAUUGGUCAUUAAGGUCAGCAGAUGCGCCUAUAACAGAAAGAGUUUACUUUGUAAUCAUAUUUUAGAAAAUAUAUAGGCUGAAUUAGCAAACAUUUGCUGCUUUCCCUUAGCUGUUGCCUGCCGCCACCAAUAUGGCCUCUUUAUGUGUACAUGGAUGUACAUAAGCUUGUAGCUCAUGAGCAAAAAGUUACUUUUAAUCUUGUAAUAAACAGGACUGAAUUUGAAAAAAAGAAUGCUUUGAUGGGUAUUUGAUAGAAAUUAUUUUUGUAGGAAGAAUUCCUAUUUAACAUUUUAUAAGUAUUAAUUGCAUUCAUUUUUAUUCUUAGUACUAAAAGUUCCUUUGGUUAAGUUGGUUGUGAAAGAAUAACACUCAAAACUGUAUGUACACUAUUUGAAUUUUGCAAUUUAUCAGCAUUUACAUACAGAAGAUACAAGAUUCUUCUAAGGUCUGUUUGAAAAUCAAAAGUACAUUUCCAGUGUGUUAACAGUAUUUGAAAUUCUUCCAAACUGUUCUUUUCUGGUUGUGAAAACUGAAAAUGAGCAUGUUUUAUGCAUCAAAACAGGGCUGUCAUAAUAUAUACAAUUUUUAUAUUCUUAUGUACUAAUUUCUGUAUUGUAAAUGUGUCUACUCUGAACCUCUAUUUCUGAAGGUUAUGCAUGAUGAUCUGUUAGGUGCAUAAAACUUCAGGAUAUGAAAAGCAAAGAGUGUACACAGGUGUCAUGUGAAAAAGAGAAUUGCUGGCGUUUGCUAUAAUUUGAGAAGAAUGUUGCCAGGUUGAUUUUGUUUUUGCAAUGGGGUUAACCUGUGAUAUUAUUUGCCAGCAAAACAGUUCACAUCAUCUAUGUCAACCUUUACCAAAGGUAGGAUCAUAAGGGCAGUUGUCUCCAUCAUUCUUGCAAACUGCCUUUACGGGAAAGCAAGGUCUUGGGCUAAGUAUUACACUGUUUAGAUGCAGCAGUGAGGCAAGCAUGUGACAGCUCUUAUAGAUUGCUUCAAACACACUUUUGCUUAUUGUUUUGACUACCAUUGUUAUUUUUUGCUUAUGUAGUCAUAAACACCAAAAGUAUAUUUUUAUAAACUUAUUUGUAAUCUUGUUAUCUUAAAAAUGUAUAAACAAGUAUUUUCCAUUACAACUGAUUAUUUAAAUGUUAUCCAUUAACA